AUGGCCAAGGGCGCAACAAAUCUCACGUCAUACCUCGGGGGUCGUCGCUUGGUUUUCAACGACCUGCAGUUCAAGAACGACUUCACCGACUGGGCUGUCGAGCUUGACCUGACGUUUCGUCAGGCGACCCACCAACGCACCCACAAUAUUUUUACGAAGUAUCUGGAAGACAGUGACAAAGUUCUACCCAAGAGCCCGACAACACUCGGCAGCUGGGUUAGAGAGAAGUGGUUUGGUGACGCCGGAAGGCGUGCUUGGCUGAGGGACCAGCUCCACGUUAGCAAGAGCAGGGUGCACCUCUCGAUGGAUGCGUGGACAUCCGAGGAAGGCACUAACUAUCUUGCGGUCGUUUCUCACUUCUUGGAUGACAAACAUAAGCUUCAAACUGCUCUGCUGGACCUGCCCCCUCUGAAAGGUCCUCACUCUGGCGAGAAUAUUGCAAAAGUGCUAUCAACGGUCAUAGACUGUUACGGCCUCGCCCCAAACAUUGGCUUCUUCAUGAUGGACAACGCGAGCAGCAAUGAUACAUGCAUUCACGAGUUAUCAAGGCGGUACUCGACAGUAAAUCGCCAGAGUCGGCUUCGAUGUGUUGGCCACAUACUCAAUCUCAUUGUCAAGGCUCUCCUCUUUGGCAAGGGUGUUAGCGGGCUAGAAAGACAGCUUCGUGGUGCGUCUGAUGACGAGCGAUUCGAAAUAUGGAGGAAGCACAGCUUUAUCGGCAAGCUUCAUAACUUCUCUGUGUGGAUUAACCGAAGCGACCAGCGACGGGAGCAACUGAAACGGUACAUUCUGCAGGCGUACGAUGAGGGCAGCAUCGAGCGCCUCUACACAAGAGUCCUGGUCGACGGAGGCAUCCGCUGGAACUCUGCCUAUGCUAUGAUUGAAAGGGCUCUCAAACUUCGUCACGCCAUUAAUCUAUUCUUCCUCAACUACAGCUACAACGGCGACGGAUACAAUAUCACUCAAGAUAUCCUCACUCCUCAGGACUGGAUCGACCUGGGCCAUUUCCUCAGCAUUCUGAAGCCUUUCAAGGACCUGACUAAGCGCGUGGAAGGCCGGGCAAACAAGGCUGGCCGAGAAGGGUCCCAUGGUUCCCUCCACGAGACAAUUGAAUCGCUUGAUGUCCUGUUCAAGAAGCUGCAGGAGGCGGGCAAGUUUGCUGAUGACCACCCUGACGCGGUUUCGACAUACUACUCCCAUGCCAUUGAUGCUGCCCGUCUCAAGCUUGAAGAAUAUUUUGGACUCACGGAUGCCACGCCCGCAUACCGGUGCGCAGUUGCGCUGCAUCCGGCAAACAAGUUCGCUUACUUCGAACUUGAGUGGAGCCACAACAAGCAAUGGGUCAGCGAAGCAAAGAGAGUGGUACAGGAGGCCUAUGCGAAAUACGAGGAGGCGGCUAUGGAAGCGGAAGCAACAGAGAGAUCACCGCGGACACGAGAGGAGGAAAAUGAGGAGAGCGCUUCAGACGAUGCAGUAGGCCUAGACCUGCUCCAGCAAGCCCGGAAACGUCGUCAGAGGCUUGCUGCCGUCGCAGCAUCAGUCGAGGAUCCUCUGGAAUGCCUUGAGGAACGAAGUGCCUUUCGGAACGAAAGGACUUAA